AUGAUCCAUGCAUAUACAAUCGAGAUAAUCCAGCUACUCAUCCUACUCGCCAGUAUGGUCAACAUCUACCACGUUUUCGGUCCUCUAAAUCACGGCAAUGUGUCCUCAACGAACAACGACCCACCACCACGAGUCCUCUCAACGCUAGUAUUCGGAUCGAUCUGCCUCUUCGCCGUUGAUGGUUUCGACAACCUCAUCCAACUUCGAAGUCUCACGCACCCGAUCCAGAGUCAGACGCUUCUCUUGACGAGACGAUGGUUAUUCCCUGGUACUUUGCUGGUUCUAAAAAAGAAGAAGAAGGAGGUCAAGUUCGUGAAGACCACCAAGCCGACUGCUUUACUGCUUUCGAUGGACGAGGUGAAGAGACGGAGUCGGCUGAGGAGGAUGACAGAAGAACUUCAAACGGAAUUCAACGCAAUUCGAGCCGGCAUGGAGUUCAAUCUGUCAAGACAAUAUGAUUCGGACUCGUCGGACGGAUCUUUUGGCGGCUAUAUUCGAGAGGUAUCGCGACUCAGUCAGGAAAGGGAUAAGAUCUUGCUUCCGCAGCUGGACGAGAUGCAGGAGAGAUUUGACGGUGAGAGUUGUAGGAAAGAGGAGGAGGUGAGGAGCAUGUUCGUCGCUCAGCUUCAGGAGCUCAAGGAUACUUUUGGGGGACCGGUGCGGUGA